CUCAACUCGUGCUGCAAGAAAGGGCGCAGACGAAACACCAAACACCUUGACACCUGGGAGCCCGGACUGAGUGAAACUGGACGUACACCUGCCACCACACAAGAACGCGGACUGCACACGCUACGAGAUGGCCGGCGAUACAGUCAGAGAUCGCACCUGUGUCCGAACGUGCUGCUAUACCUGGCUCUCUAGAUGGCGCACGUGAGAUCUACUUGCCGUGCCAUGGGAGCAUUUGACAGGAAACUCUUCUGAUGGGAAAAACGGAGCCCUUCGCCAACUUCGCGGAACAUCCUGCUGAAGACACGGCCAUCGCGGCGUGAUGCAGCAGAGGGUCCUUCCUUGGCGAUUUAUGUCGAAGUUGUAUUAUUGAAGCAGGGUGGUCAGCCAUCGGGAGGGUGACUUCUCAUUGCGUUAUGCAUGAUGCAGCUCGUCAGGCCCUCUCGUGCUGACAAUCCACUUCUUGACACUUCUUGCCUUGGAAGCGCGCAUGGCUGCUGAGGUGCAUCUAUUUUAAUUCUCCGAAGAUCCAAGAUCCUCUACGACUGCACGACAUGGAGCAGGCCAACAUGCAGCAUGCACGCACGUCAGCACUUUACCACACUAUUGAAAGGAUCAUGUAUUCCACUGCGCGUUCGCCGUUCGGAGCAAUUCUUCCUGCUGAGAAGCUUGAACCGACGUUCGCGCUCGAUGCUGUGCCGGUCUUUCUCCAACAGCAUUCGUGAGCACUGAGCAGAGAUGAGCUCAGGAGUUCACGAAAACACUCGCAUAUUGAGUCGCAUAAAUGUGGCGCUUCAGGCCUUGGGUCCAGGCCUGGGAGAUUGCUGCCGCAAACAAGCUCUGUCUACGCAAGAACGACAGCAACAGCUGCGGUUCUAUCGGAAAACGAGACGUCGAGGGAUCAUGAUUUGCAAACGUGCGACAUCCGCAGGUUGUGUCGGCAGUGACAUUCAUAUGAUGACCGUUGCCGCCAUCUCCGCGGCGAAAGACCGGUGAGGGCUUCAGCUGAGAAGCAACCUCAAUCCUCCAUUCGAGCUGUGGCUGUGGCGAAACAUCACAACAACUCCUUCUCGGCCCUGAUGACUCGUGGGAGCAGGAGCAGAGUUCUAAUUUUGAACGCACAAUUGUGUGAAGAAUUUGUACGCACUAUUGUUUUCGGGAUUCGCUUCUGCCGGAGAGAGAUCGCAAACGGACAACUCGCGUGGACAGCAGGGCUGUGGCCGACCUGAGACGGACCUCCAUCAUAUACACCAAUAAGCAAUCUCGGCGAGUCAUAAGCUACAAGUCUACCAUGAGGUAUUCUUGUAUGUCAGGAAAUUUAGCGUACCACUGUUUGCAACAGUGGUUUACUUCCGGAGGGCGUUAUCCACUGACUUAGUAUAGUUUGCCUAGUAAUCGACGGUGCUUUUCCU